GCUACUGUAUAUUUGUAUAAGUGAAUGUAUAGUACACACAGUAUAUAUUUAUGUGGGACAAAUGCUCCGCACUGUAGUAUACUUUGCUGAGUCUUUUAUGCGUAGGAGCCUACCUGAAAAAGGCGGGGGUGAUAUGGAAUCGGGUACCUAGUAUCAGCUAGUUUAGGGAAGUAACCUACCUGAGGUGUUAGUGCGUUUGGUACCUGGAGUAAGGAAUCUGGAACUUGGCCUUCUGUUAAUCACGACUUACUUUUUUGCCUGAGGCCUUAGGCCUAACAGACAUCAUUAAUAAUACACUUACAAACAAACGUCCAACACACCCUCUCCUGUCUCCUGGGCGGCCGUGCCACCAUACACCAUACUACCCGAGAGGCAUAUAUAAUAACCGUCGCUUGUCCUUCUUCCGGUCAUCGCAACAACUUGUACGUAGACAGACAAAGUCAAUCCUUACGUUUUUCGGAAUCGCAACCAGACAACUUUCGGCUUUCUGACCACCUACCCCGCCGAUUUACAUCGUUUAGAUACCCCUCAUAUCUUUUUUUUUCUUUUUCGAAAAGUCGAUACCUCUCUUUACUAUUCGCAAUGGCCGACCAGGAACACACUUACAAAUUCAACGUCAGCAUGAGCUGCGGCGGCUGCUCCGGUGCCGUUAACCGCGUGCUGGGCAAGCUAGAGGGCGUCCAGAGCUACGAAGUCUCCCUCGAGAAGCAGGAAGCCCUCAUCGUGGCCAAGCCAGGCCUCGACUACGAAACCGUGCUCAAGACCAUCAAGAAGACAGGCAAGAAGGUCAACUCGGGCUUCGUCGACGGCGAGUCGCGCAGCAUCGAGGUAGCCGAGUAAGCGAUCGAAGACUACAGCAACGACAACGACAACAACAUUUUAGUAGCAUGACAAUGGGAUGCGGUGGUUCCGAGUAGUCUCCCGCUGCUUGCGACGAAUAGAUGUUUUCUGUUUCAGGCCUUCAAUAUGGGUCUCGCUGGUAUCGGGCGUGUUGUGCAGCCGGCUUUCUUAAGUACACUUCGUUAUUAUGAUAAGCGACGGAACGAUCUCCGGGUAUGGCGUGGAAGUUACAUAUGAUAGUAUAAAAGCCAAGGCUCGCGAAUAUGUAUAGCCCGGCAUGGAUCGAUGUUGCAUAUGCGAUGCGCGCAAUAGAGAACGCUUUUGAGGCGGUUUUACGAAUGAAUGCUAUUGCUAUUAUCACUGUUAUUAUGUGUUCCAUUUCUAUCUUGUUUACCCAAGUAUGACUAUAUGAAAUAUGUUAACUAACAUAAUUGUAACGAGGAGCUCGCUGUUACUACCAUGUACUACUGCUGCGUUGUCCGUGAUAUCUAACGAACUGAAUGCUCGUUGCUAAGUCUAGUCAAUGGUUAACUAUGUAUAGUUAGACUAAUAAAUUUGGGGUUCUCUUAUUUAUAACAUUAAUA